UGGGCUCCGGUGCCCUCCGCGCGGGGCUUGUACUCACCAGGCCCCUGCGAGGCCGGGCCGCCGGGCACAAGCGGAUCCCCGGCUUGCCCCCGCCUCGACGCGCUCGGAUUAGCUGCAGCCGGCGCCCAAGGAUUUGAAUACAGACCGCGUGAGGGAGCGCGCCUAGGCCGACCUCGGAGUGGCGGCCAACAUGCUUCGCAAAGGGUGCUGUGUGGAAUUGCUGCUGCUGCUCAUGGCCGGGGAGCUGCCCCUGGGAAGCGGCUGCCCGCGGGACUGCGUGUGUUAUCCGGCACCCAUGACAGUCAGCUGCCAGGCUCACAACUUUGCCGCCAUCCCCGAGGGCAUCCCGGAGGACAGCGAGCGUAUCUUCCUGCAAAACAACCGCAUAACUCUCCUCCAGCAGGGCCACUUCAGCCCCGCUAUGGUCACCCUGUGGAUCUACUCCAACAACAUCACCUUUAUCGACCCCAACACUUUCGAGGGCUUCGUGCACUUGGAGGAGCUGGACCUUGGUGACAACCGGCAGCUGCGGACGCUAGCACCUGAGACCUUCCAAGGCCUGGUGAAGCUCCACGCCCUCUACCUCUACAAGUGCGGGCUCAGUGCCCUGCCUGAGGGCAUCUUCAGCGGCCUGCACAGCCUGCAGUACCUCUACCUACAGGACAACCACAUCGAAUACCUGCAGGACGACAUCUUUGUGGACCUGGUCAACCUCAGCCACCUGUUUCUCCAUGGCAACAAGUUGUGGAGCCUGGGCCAGGACACCUUCCGGGGGCUGGUGAACCUGGACCGGCUGCUGCUACAUGAGAACCAGCUGCAGUGGGUCCACCACAGGGCUUUCCACGACCUCCGCCGGCUCACCACCCUCUUCCUCUUCAACAACAGCCUCUCCGAGCUUCAGGGCGACUGCCUGGCACCCCUGGGGGCCCUGGAAUUCCUCCGCCUCAACGGGAAUGCCUGGGAUUGUGGCUGCAGGGCACGCUCCCUGUGGGAAUGGCUUCGGAGGUUCCGUGGCUCCAGCUCUGCUGUCCCCUGCGUGUCGCCCCGGCCACGGCAGGGGCAGGACCUGAAGCUGCUGAGUGCCGAGGACUUCCGGAACUGCACGGGGCCAGCAUCCCCGCACCAGAUCAAGUCACACACGCUCACCACCACCGACAGGGCCGCCCGCAAGGAACACCACCCACCCCGUGGCUCCGCCAGGGACAAGGGCCACCCACAUGGCCAUCUGCCUGGCUCCCGGACAGGCUACAGGAAGCCAGGCAAGAACUGCACCAGCCACAGGAAUCGCAAUCAGGUCUCGAAGGUGGGCGCUGGGAAACAGGCCCAUGAGCUGCAGGACUACGCCCCGGACUACCAGCACAAGUUCAGCUUUGACAUCAUGCCCACCGCUCGCCCGAAGAGGAAGGGCAAGUGUGCCCGCAGGACCCCCAUUCGUGCCCCUAGUGGGGUGCAGCAGGCCUCCUCGGGCAGUUCUCUGGGAGCCUCAAUCCUGGCCUGGAUACUGGGGCUGGCGGUCACUCUCCGCUGAGGGCCCAGGGCACCAGCACCCAGCACUGCCACAUGUCCACCAAGGAACAGAAUUUCUUUUCUUUUUUUUAUAAGUGGAGGAUCUGCUGGGGUUCAGGCAGAGGCUGAUAAAGGUUUCGGCUGCUGUCUGGGCCAUGCCCCGUAAAUUAUAAACCCAAAGUGUACAGACCCAAGCUGGAGGGGAUUAGCACACCUCACCCAGCUGUCCCAGCCAGCCCCUUCCCAGCAGCCACGGACAGCAUCCACCCAGCCAGGCGGUUAACGUGCUCAAAGCGAAUCCUUCAUUAGCAACAAUUGAACAGUGCCCCAUGGGAGCUUGGCUCUGUGAAAUCCUAGUCAUUUGGAGAGGUCUGAAGGCCCCCUGCCAUUCUUGGAGGAAGCAGGACUCAGAGGAACAGAUGAGGCUCACCCAAGAGUCUGGGAUGACCAGCCAUCUUGGAGCACAUGUGCAGGUGGCAUGUUGGCUCUUGCCUGACGCCACUUCGUCAACUUGCCCUGAAUCUAACAGUGUGCCACCUUCAGCCCCUCCCUCGGAGGUGAUGCCUCUCAUUCCUGAUGUCUCAGGAAACCCUGGCAGACCCAGCCCAGACCUUGGGCUCCAUGAACCAACUACCAAAGGAAAGAUCAUCAGAGGCUGAAAUUCAGAACUUCAUCAUGUAUAAUGAGGUUCUCACAGGAGGUGCAGUUUUAUAACUAUGUCCACUUAUAUAUACACACUUUACAUACAUAUAUAGAGAGAGAGACACACAAAGGCACAGGUCCCCCACCCCACUCCCUUACCAAACUGUAUGUCUUAUGUUUAUAAACUAUAUGGAAAACUAUAUCUGCUGAACUAAGGAUUGUAUUGGUGAUUUCUAGCAAGAAAAGAGUUAUAGGAUUUUUAUCCCUGCAACAACAGUCCCCAUGUAACUUGGGCUUGCCAGGUGCCUGAGGUAUAUGGUCAGUGAGGAAGGUCAUGGAAAAAGGGGGGCAGCAAGAAUCACUUCAGGGGACCAAUAUACUUAGAUAUUUAGAGCAUCACCUUGUUUUUAUAUGCAACACAAACCCAUCUGCUGCCCCAAAGUACCAUCGCCCCCACUAUAGUAGCUGUUUGUAUCAGGGUGAGAAGCAAGAAGCAGCUUGUCGGACAUCAGGGAGCCAGAUCCUGGGGACUGGAUGGGCAGAGAAGUAGAAGGAAGGAGCUUUGGGUUUCUUAGGCCAUUGGGUGAGGCAGCCUUCACAGUGUUAGUUCAACAGUGUCGUCAGCCUAGCAUGUUGCCAGCGAUAGUCUGGACAGGCCAGGGAGACUCUGGGCACGAGCUCAUGCCUCCAGUACGGCUCAGUUGCUGAAUUUUUCCUUGAAGCUCUUUGAUGGGUGUCCUAGCACGGGCCCUCUGUAGGGUGGCAGGAGGGAAAGCAUCAGGUAGCUUUAGCAGAAGGGUAACAGUGAGGGCAUUUCAAGAACCAUCUCAGGCACUUCUGCAUUACAGAGGCCCCAUCCUUCCUGACCCUUCUGAGGAUGCCCAGGGAUGGGCAGAUGUCGGGGGGCCAGACUCAGGGGUCGGGAGCAGGGAUGUGCAGGGAAUGGAGCAGGCAAGCCCAGACAGGAGACAGGGGCUCUGGUCAAGUUUGGCCAUGCUGCUGGCUGGGGCCCGGGUGGGCACAAUCUCCUUUGCGCUUUGCACAAACCUGAAUUUCCCACCAGAGAGGAUGUGUGUGAGGAGCAAGAAACACUGAAUCUAAUUAAGAGAGGGAAAUAACAAUAAAAAAAUUUUUCUCUUGGACAAGAA